AUGGUAAGAAGCACAAUUUACCUUUUUUUACCACAAUUUUCCAUUUUACUUCUCUAUUUUCAGAGUAAAGCAUCAGGUUCUGCUGCAGCUCCAUCUGUUCAGCCUGUCAGCAGUGCUGUUACAACUGUAUCAACAUCUAAUUCCAACCCAGCUUCUGAUCCUCCAGUGCAGACUCAGGCUGCGAACAACAUCACAUUUAGCAUGGAUGUCCCAACUACCAAUGUUUCUGCAGACACUUAUGGUCAGGCUGCAACGAAUUUAGUUGCUGGCAGUAAUCUUGAGCAGACUAUUCAAGAAAUCAUGGACAUGGGCGGUGACAAUUGGGACAGAGACACUGUUAGUCUUGCUCUUCGGGUAGCUAAUAAUAACUCAGUGCGGGCGAUUGAUUACUUGUUAUUGAAAAUCAUUCUCGAUUACAUUCAUAGUACUGAAGAUCUGUAAUGAAUAUCUUUUUAAUUUUUAUGUCUAAAUAAUUAGUUGUAUGAAUCAUAUUAACAUGUUCAACAAUUUUAUAUAAUAAUAUUCAAUUUUAGUUCA